AUGAACUUCGUUUUUCCAAUUCGCAUUGCGCAAGUCAUCAUCGCAAUCAUCGUCCUUGCAACAAGUGCCUAUGUCACAAGCGCUUUCCACAAUGGCUCACCAUCUUCGAUCAACUUCCUCGUGUUUAGUUCUGUCUGGACGCUCCUCGCCUUGAUCUACCUCAGCCUCACAUCAUGGAAGCUCGAACGCUUCGCUCACCCAUGGAUCAUCUGCGGUGUCGAGAGCUUGACAAUGCUCUUCUGGUUCGCCGGAUUCAUCGCUGCUGCA